CAAGGUUGACCCGUUCAGUCAUAACCCUUUUUUCCUUUUUUUUUACAUUUCAUCUUUCAUUUUUUUUUUGAAUGAAUAUUUUUUGUUUUUCAAUGUCAUUCUUUAUGGCUGAUUUUAAAUAUAUAUGUUUAUAAUUUGUUUUAGUUUGAUUUUUAUAAGGUUGCUACAGUUUCAUAAUAUUUUAUUAGUAUUUAAUUUUAUGAGUAUCAAUUUUUAUUAUUAUAAUAUUGAAUAAAAGAUAAUUUGAAAAGAAAAAUCAAAUUUGUUAAACUCAAUGAAAUUCAUGAUACAAGUAUUAAACCGAAUGAAUAUUCUCUCAAUAUUAAAAUAAAAAAGACAUUCAUUUUAUUUUAUUUUAAAACCAAACUAUAUUUUAUACUAAUCACUUAUAUUUUUGUUUUAUAAUGUUAAGCUAUUGAAUCAUAUCAAAAUAAAUCUCAUAUAAAUUAAUUUUAAAUUGAAUGUGUUUGUUUUUGAGGUAAUUUUUGUGGUUGUGGUUUGAAAAAAAUAAAUUUUAAAAAAGUAUGGUUAGCUGGAUUUAGAUACGUGUUUGGUAAAAAUUAUGGUUGAAAUUUAUGUACAGUAAAAAACAUAUAUAAAAUGUUUGGUAAUUGUAUUUGAAAAUGUGGUUAUAAUUGUUUUUUGAAGUGUUUUUUACUUGAAAAUAUAUCAAAAUAAUAUUUUUUUAUUUUUUAAAAAUUAUUUUUGAUACCCACGUAUAAAAUGAUUUGAAAACACAAAAAAAUAUUAAUAUAAAGUAAAAAAAAUUAAAAAAAUUAAUUUUUUUUUAAAAAACUUUGAAAACGAAAAAAUAACAGAAUUUAAGGAAUUUUAAACUAACAAAAAAGCCAGCGGACAACAUACGCAGCCUUCGUGGAAACUUUUAAACUUUUUGAUCCUACCGGUGUUAACUGUCAAUUAACUAUGACCCCAAUCCUUCGUUGCUAAGUUUUCUCCCUCUCUAUAAUUUACAUUUCCUUUGCUUCUUAAUCACCUUCUUGUAUAAACUCUCUUCAAUUUUGUUUCCUUUCUCUUCUCCAAAAUCAUGGGCCAAAGUCUUGAUUCAAUGACGCAAAAACAAUCCAAAGACGAACUUCUGUAUCAGCUGGCUAUUGCCGGAAAUGUGGACGCCGUUAAAGCUCUUUGUAGUGAAGGGGCUAUCCUUGAGUGGAUUGACAGAGAUGGAAAGACCCCUCUUAUAGUGGCUUGUAUGGAUUCUGGAUUGUAUAAUGUCGCCAAAGUUUUGAUUGAAAUGGGAGCCAAUGUCAAUGCUUAUCGUCCAGGGCGUCAUGCGGGUACCCCUUUACAUCAUGCGGUGAAAAGAGGCCUGGAGCAGACUGUUAAGUUACUUCUCUCAAGUGGAGCGAAUGCUUUAGUGAGAAAUGAUGAUUGUCAAACUGCACUUGAUGUUGCUAGAAUAAAGGGGAAUAUAAAUAUUGUGCGCACUAUUGAGAGUCACAUUUGCUAUUUCACUGGCUGGCUGCGGGAGUUUUAUGGUCCAGGAUUUCUCAGAGCAUUCGCUCCUCAAUUUUUAUCAAGAAAAAUCUGGGCUGCUGUUAUACCACAAGGUUCCAGCAAUCCCAUGACGCCCAAGAAGCUGGAGCUUGUGAUAUAUCCUUCUUCCCAGGAUGUACAACCUCGUACAGUUAUUGCUCUUUGGAAUGCUGAAAUUGAGGAACCUAACUUCAAUAGACCAGAUCCUGAGCUUACUAUUUUUGACCAGUCAACUAAAACUCAAUACAAACUUGCAUCUGCCAAUGAGGGUGAUAAACAGCAGCUUCACUGGUUAUAUGAUGCAUGCAGCGGAAUUCCCCAGGUUAUGCUGCCACCAAUGUAUGGCAAUCCUCCAACCACAGUUCCAGUGGUUGGUCAUCAUACUUCAGCAGAAGCUGUGGGAUCGGCAAUGGCAAUAGGUGGUGGAUCCAUUCAGUCUACCACAGAGGACAAUCCACUACAUCCAAAUACUCAUCAGAGCUCUGAAGUAAUUAAUGCAAACGGCUGGGAAGACCCUGUGCGUGGUGAUAGCCACAACAGGUGGGGCGUGACUGUUGCAUCCACACAUUCAGAAGCACGCAGCAGUGGAUGGAUGGGCGAGGCACCAAAGGAAGACCACAAUGGAUGCGCUGUGCCUAAUAUGGGGCCAAGUGGCAGUCAAGAUCAUGUACAAACCCGUUAUGAUAUCCCCCCUGUUUCUGAAACUAGUGGUGGAAAUACUGCAUCAGUCCCAUCAGCUCCAUCAGCUCCACCAAUUCCUGAUGAGGAAUUGGAUGCUGGGCCUAUCCAUUAUCCAUCAUUUGAUUUUAGUCUACUGGACUUGUCCGUUCCAGCCAUAGAGCUUGGAGCUUCUGUAACAAGUGAUGUGAACAAGGGAGGUACUUCUUCUUCAUGUAUAAUAUGUUGGGAAGCUCCUGUUGAAGGUGCUUGCAUUCCUUGCGGUCACAUGGCUGGUUGUAUGACUUGUUUGAGUGAGAUCAAAGCUAAGAAAGGUGUUUGCCCGAUUUGCCGAUCCAAUAUAAACCAGGUUACAAGGCUUUAUGCUGUCUGAAAAGUGGACCUGAGUAAAAAGGAUCUGGCAUUGAUUUGUAAAAAUGUUUGGUUUGAUCUUUACAUCUCUGAUGUGUGAGCUUGUUCUAAAUAUUAAUUACAUUUAGACUAAAGGUGCAACUCAAAGAUGCAACAAGGCACUUCUUGCUAAUUGACAGUAACCUAAGUGCAGCAUGGACUAUGAAUAUCGAACUCUGCUUUGUGAGGUUUCCCUAUGGAUUAUCUUUUGGCUACCCAACACAAGAAGUACACCGUGACAAGAAAUCCAAUGCUAUCCGUGGCAUCAAGGAGACCAUCAUAUGUCACCUCACCUUGGAACUGAAGGGCAUGGACGCUUAAUCCCUACUUAAUUCACAGGUUGGUUUUUUUGCAUAUUAGUCGUUAUUUGUUUGGUAACUGAACAUUCGUUGUAAAUAAAGAAUCGUGUUGUAAAUGUUCUAUGGAAAGUAUACCAAAUGAUGGAUCCAUAUUUUGUUUCUUCCA